AUGGCAGCGGCGUCGACAGACCCGGGCCAGGGAUCCGCCAAAAUAACUCCCGAAGUACUGCAGGAGAUGCUCCAGUACUACAACCUGAGCCGCCAGGAGUUCAUCCGCACCUACAACAUCCAGCCGCUCGUCUACAUCCCCGAGUUACCGCGCAGCGCCAAGACCACCUUCGUGAUCAUGUACGUGGUUAUUUUCGUCCUGGCUCUGGCUGGAAAUAGUUUGGUCAUCUACAUAAUCGUGAAGAAACGGGCGAUACAGACGGCGACAGAUAUUUUCAUUUGCUCCCUGGCGGUCAGCGACCUGCUCAUCACUUUCUUCUGCAUACCUUUCACUUUGCUGCAGAACAUCUGCUCUGAAUGGUUCGGGGGGGUUCUGGUUUGCAAGACAGUUCCCUUUGUACAGACUACGGCCAUAGUGACAGGCAUCCUCACAAUGACCUGCAUUGCCAUUGAGAGACACCAGGGCAUUGUCUUCCCCCUGAAAAUGAGGAGGCAGUACUCGUCCAAAAGAGCGUUCAAGAUGCUAGGGCUUGUAUGGAUCGCCUCAGUGAUAGUUGGUUCACCAAUGCUGUUUGUGCAACAGCUAGAGGUAAAGUACGACUUCUUGUAUGAUCAUUACCACGUGUGCUGUCAGGAAAGUUGGCACUCUCUGACUCACAGGCAGGCAUACACCACCUUCAUCAUGGUGGCUCUUUUCCUGCUCCCUUUGGUGGCCAUGCUAUUCCUCUACACACGUAUUGGCAUUGAGCUGUGGAUCCGCAAGAGGGUUGGCGACUCCUCAGUCCUCAACACUAUGAACCACAGGGAGAUCAAUAAGAUCUCAAGGAAAAAGAAAAGAGCCGUAAAAAUGAUGAUCACCAUUGUUCUGUUAUUCACCAUUUGCUGGGCACCAUUCCACACAGUCCACAUGCUGUUUGAGUACUAUGACCUGGAAAAGAAAUAUGAUGGGGUCACACUUAACAUGAUCAUUGCCAUUGUUCAGGCCAUUGGGUUCUUCAACAGCUUCAACAAUCCCAUCGUGUAUGCCUUCAUGAAUGAGAACUUCAAGAAGAGCUGCGUCUCCACCCUCUCCCACUGCAUCAGAAAACCUAACCAGCAGGGCAGCGCUGUGGUGGUGCCCAAACUGAGCGUGCAGUUCAUCAAACCCCAAAGCAGAGAAGCCUUCCUGGAGUCAGAUGAGGGCAAUAGCACCAAGCAGAACUCGGCAGAGAAAGGCCCUUCAAGCUCAUCGCAUGGAGAGAGCUCCCUGGAAGUAAUAGGAGAAAAAAUCUCCACCAUCCAAACAGAGCUCCCUGCAAACAGCUCCUCUCAAGUCAAAUGA